GUCUCUGCUUUACUGAGUCUUUCUUCCCUUUUCUUCUUCUCCAGAUGUUGACGAUAUGAUGCAUCAUUGGGAGAAAGCAUGAGUUCCGGUAGCAGUGGUCUCCGUCGUUUGUGGUGGAGAUUUACUGCUCUCCUUCUUCUUCUGGUUCGGUCUCUUGGGCUCAGUACUGACGGAAUUCUUUUACUUUCCUUCAAGUACUCUGUUCUCAGUGAUCCUCUGUCAGUGUUAGCUAGCUGGAACUACGACGACGUUACUCCCUGCUCAUGGAACGGAGUUAUGUGCACAGGAAUCGGGACUGCCGGCGCCGGCGAUCUGCUUCGCGUCAUCAGCUUGGCUCUCCCAAACAGUCAGCUUCUGGGUUCGGUUCCGACUGAACUGGGCAUGAUAGAACACCUUCGUCAUCUCGAUCUCUCCAAUAAUUCACUUAAUGGGACACUACCUGCCUCUCUGUUCAAUGCUUCUGAGCUUCAAUCACUUGCCCUCUCCAACAAUGUUAUUUCCGGUUCGUUGCCGGAGUCCGUUGCUGGACUUAAGAGCCUUGAAUUUCUCAACUUAUCCGGCAAUGCCUUGGCGGGGAAGAUCCCUGACAAUCUCCAUACUCUUGCAAAUCUCACCGUUCUCUCCCUUAGCAGCAAUUACUUCUCUGGCAGUGUGCCCAGUGGGUUUCAAGCCCUAGAAGUUCUCGAUCUGUCGUCCAACCUUGUCAACGGAUCAUUGCCUCAAAAUUUCGGUGGAGAUAAGGUAUGGUACUUCAAUCUCUCCUACAAUAGACUCUCCGGAGCGAUACCGCCGGACUUUGCCAAGGGAAUCCCAGCCAAUGCUACUCUUGACCUCUCUUUCAAUAACCUAACCGGAGAAAUCCCGGAAUCCGGAGUUUUUCUUGAUCAGAAGUCGGAGUCUUUCGCUGGGAACCCUGAUCUGUGUGGGAAACCGCUUAAGAAACCGUGUUCAAUUCCUUCUCUCUCUACUCCCCCAAAUGAAUCCAAUGCCACCUCUACUCCGGCAAUUGCAGUGAUGCCUAAGCCCAUAGACUCAACACCUGUAACUGGGUCGGCCGGGAAUACGACGAAUGGUACUCAAGGCACUCAACAGCAGGGGCAGAGCGGGCUUAGACCAGGAGCGAUAGUGGGCAUCGUUGUAGGGGAUUUGGCGGGAAUAGGGAUACUGUCCAUGAUUUUGUUGUACGUUUACCAAUUGAAGAAGAAAAGGAAAGUGAGCGUCACAGGGGCCGGAGAGAAGAAGGCGUUUGAAGAGGAAGGAAACGACGACCCGUCCUCAUCGACGGAUACAAAAGGGCUGGCUUGGUCAUGUUUAAGAAAGAAAGGCACUAGUGAAGAAGACACGUCGGAAACAACGGGCAGUGAGGAAGACGAAGAGGAACAAGUGAGCUACGAUGAGCAACAGAAGCAUCAACAGAAAGGUGGGACUCUUGUGACGGUAGACGGAGAAACGGAGCUGGAACUGGAGACUCUGCUGAAAGCUUCGGCUUAUAUACUGGGAGCGACAGGGUCGAGCAUUGUGUACAAGGCAGUACUGGAAGAUGGAACGACGCUGGCGGUGCGGAGGAUCGGAGAUAGCGGCCUUGAGAAGUUCAAGGACUUCGAGAAUCAGAUCAGGCAGAUCGCCAAGCUCCGACACCCUAACCUGGUUCGCAUCAGAGGGUUCUUCUGGGGUUCCGACGAGAAGCUCAUCAUCUACGACUACGUCCCUAACGGCAGCCUCGCCAACGCCUGUUCCAGGAAACCGGGUUCGUCACCGUAUCAGUUACCGUGGGAAAUGAGGCUUAAGAUAGCAAGAGGAGUGGGAAGAGGGCUGGUGUAUCUCCACGACAAGAAACACGUCCACGGGAAUCUGAAGCCCAGUAACAUUCUCUUGGGUGCUGAUAUGGAGCCCAUAAUCGUGGAUUUCGGGUUGGAGAGGCUGGUGUGGUUAGGAGACAACAGCUACAAAUCAGGUGGGUCGGCCAGGCAAUUCGGGUUCGGGAGCAAGAGGUCCAUGAUGUCCAGAGACAGCUUACAAGAGCAGCAACAGCAACUGUCAACGGGGGCUAGCCCCAGUACCAGCUCCCUGGGCGGCGCCUCCAUAUACCUGGCGCCCGAGUCCCUAAAGAACCUAAAGCCCAACCCCAAGUGGGACGUCUACUCCUUCGGUGUAAUCUUACUUGAGUUGCUCACUGGGAAGAUGCUCUCGGAAAGAGAAUUGGUUCAGUGGAAUACCAGGUCAUCUGCGGCUGUUGAAGACAAUAACCGGGUGCUCCGGAUGGCUGAUGUGGGUAUUCGAGCCGACGUGGAAGACAAGGCGGAAGCUCUGCUGGCAUGUUUUAAGCUAGGGUUUGCUUGUACGUCCAUGCUACCUCAAAAGAGACCCUCCAUGAAGGAAGCGCUCCAAGUGCUCGACAAAAUGCCUUCCUCCUCACAUCAUUAUUAAUUAAG